UCAAACUGCGCAGCCCUAACAACGCAUGCGUAUUUGGAAAAAUAAACAUCGACGUGUUUCGUCCAUUUUAUCUAACAUCUGCGAUUGAUGAGUUAAAAACAUCUGCCAAGCCUACAAAAAUGGUUGUUUACUCGUAUUUCAUCGCUUUGAUCCUAAUCGUCAUGGUCACAGACCCUGGACUGGUUGAUGCCCAAGAUGCCGAACCCAAGUGCCCCAAACUUGGAGAUUGUGGCGUCAGGAUAAUGACUUGCAUAGAGAAAGAUAAGCACAUGAAGUGUCUACGGGCCAUCAUUGAAAACCAAAAUUGUGAUGAUGACACAAUCGAUGAUGCCACUAGCAUGCUCGUUCAGAUGAAGGACGCCCCAUGUGAAGGUUCACUUGACGCUAACGCACCCACCACAAACCGGGAUGCUACCACGGAUGUUGGUGGACCGGUGGUGGAGGAGGAAACGACGCCAAUCCCUCCCACCCAACCGCGCACGCAAACUGUCAGGGAGUUCACAUUCCCACCCACCGAAAGAUUUUCGAAAGAAAUGGAGCGGUCAGAAAACAGUGCAAAAGCGAUGUUUCCAGGUAUGCUACCAAUCUUCUUGGCCGUCGCCUCCGUGCUCUUGCUUUGGUUGGCCUGAGUUUCAGGGAAGGAAGGAUAACUCUUUGAUAAGGAAGGAUAACUCUUUGAUAAGGAAGGAUAACUCUUUGAACGAUUGCCAAGCCCGGAUCACCAGGAAAGGAUACUUUUUGAUCGCUGGCAAAUAUCCAUCCCAGCGUAUCUUUUAGUUGCAGUCUGAUGAUGCCUUUACACAUUUUUUUUCCUCAAAUGUUAUUUUUAAAUGUAACUACAUCUUAAAUUUUUAUAAUAUUGGCAUCUAAGUUGUGUUUUACAACAUAUGAACACACGAAACAAAAUAAAUAAAAACAUGUCGUUCAUACAUCUUAUCUAUUUUUAGAAAAAUUUUACGCAAAU